AUGUGCCGUCCUCAAACCUCAUCACGAGUCUCUUCUACUCAACUCUUUCAACGCAACUCUAUCAUGAAGAACAAGCAACAAGAAGAUUCUUCAUCAGCAGGAUCAUCAUCAUUGUCAUUCGCGUCGCCUCUACCAAUGGCAGCGCCCUUGUCCUUGCCGCCACUUCAACCCGCACUUCGCCAGUGCAAAGUAAUGGAGGUCAAUGCAUCCAUACUGCUUCCCUCCAUCUCUUUUGAUAUGAUGGAUGGUUGCGAGGAGGAGGAGGAACAUCUAAUGCUGCGUCCAAGAUUUUCUCGAACUGCUGAAUUCAUGUCAGCAAUGGAAUGA